CCAGAGGUUGAAUACGACAUGCCUCCGUUUGAGAAAACUCAACCCAACCACACACCUUUUAAACAAAGGAAGAGCUUAGCAACGAGAAAACAAGAGGUGGCGGGAAUCCGAACCAAGUUUCCGACCAAAAUCCCGGUGAUUAUUGAGCGAUAUCAGCGAGAGAAGUACUUGCCGCCUCUGGAUAAGACCAAAUUCCUUGUUCCUCAGGAACUCACCAUGACCCAGUUCAUCACAAUCAUCAGGAAUCGAAUGACCCUGAUGCCCAGUCAAGCUUUCUACCUGCUGAUCAACAGCUCUGGCAUCGCCAGCAUGUCCGUGACCAUGGCUCAGCUCUAUAAGGACCAUAAAGAUGAAGAUGGGUUCCUAUACAUGACGUACGCCUCACAGGAAAUGUUUGGAAACACUAUAGAGCACAAUAAUCGGUGAAUGUUUUGGGAGGGUUUUUGCAGGUCUAAGAAGUUGCGUUUAUUUGCUACACAGAACUGUGAUUAAAUAUUUAAAAGUCUUUUGUAUAUAGUGUUAACUUUUAUGAUUCCCUUAGUAAUUGUUUUGUUUUAACUGUCCAAGUAAUAAAUUGUCUUUAAUUCUUGCCAGCAACAUAAGAAACUUGUGCUGCAGAACUGUCCUCGAAUAUGCCUGAAAAAUAAAACUGAUUUGUCGACGCGUUCAUCGUUAAUCAUGUGAUGGAAAAAUAAUGCAUGUUCAUGUUUGAAGCUGCACACAUUUGUAUUUGAACUGGUUAAAGUUCACAACAGCUUUACAGAAAUGUUUUCAAUGUAGAACAUUUAAGCAAGGCACUUUAUAUGUACACACCUUGGUAGUUUAAAG